UCAAAGGCCCAACUAUAUCUCCAAGACAAGCUUUGGCGCUAAAAUGUAUCAGAAUUCAGAACGAAGAGUUUCACUACUCUAAUGGCGCGGAAGAAACCCUCGACCAAUUCUUCUCCUCUUUCAAUCGGAAAUUGUGCGAUUUUAAUUGAAGGAGCAGCGAAGAACUUCAAAUGCCAAUCGAAUCAAAAUUCCCUGCUGAUUUCCGCUUCUAAAGGAGUCAAAAUCAAAAUUUCAGUUAUGGAAGAUGUCAGCAAAAAUGAAGAAAUUGCGGGAAAUGGUAAGAAAGAGGAAACUUGCUCUACUGUGGAUUGUGGAUUAUUGGUCAUUCACCCUAAAGACGCUGAUAGUCGUACCAAGUCUUUGCUUCAGGAAAUCUUAAGCUUAUACACGAAAGAACUGCCUGGCAUGAAUUAUGCUGCUAACACUGGAAAACAAUCAUCAUUUCUUGAAAGAUGUGUUUCAAAUGGGAAGUUUUGCACUCUUGUUCUGAGCCGGAAGUGUUCUGAAGAUUUAGACAAGGUUAUUGCAGCUAUUACAUACCAAAUUGUUCCAGCAGAUACAAGAUUUGCUGAAAUUCCACUAGCUGCCGUUAAUUCAUCAUACCAUUGCAAGGGAGUAGGUCAAUUCUUGUAUGCAGAAUUAAGAAAGAGAUUUCAGGAGGUUGGAAUUUCUACAGUAUUGUGCUGGGGUGAUAAAGAAUCAGAAGGAUUUUGGCAUAAACAGGGAUUUGUAUCUAUAGCUGAGGUGGAUUCUAAAGGUAAAGCUCAGAAGCUUCCUAUUCGAGCAGAUAUACGUCGAGCACUCUGCUUUCCUGGUGGUUCAACACUCAUGGUAUCUCAUUUAAAAAAGAAUGUCCAUUAUAAUGAUUCUUAUCCGAUAAAGUUGUGCCUGGAGUCGGCAAUGUCAACCUCAUCAAAUGACCAAUUUUUUAGCCUAGCUGGAACUGUGGAUACUUUUUCUGUGGUGUCAGCUUCUAAGAGUGGCCAAGACAACCUUCAACAGGAAUUUAAUGAGGGAACUUCAGCACGGAGUGACAAGCAGGUGGCUACUUGUGAGAAAAUCGGUCCUGAUGCAAUAAGGGAAUCAGUAUCAACUGAAGUAGUUACCAAUCACAUAUUGUCCACCUACGAGCGGAAUAGAAAGAAGAGGGUCUGGGAAAGUUCGUCAUCAUCAUUAAACUUCAAAAGAGUAAAGGCUGCUCAUAUUUCUGAUCAGUCAUGUUCAGGUUCUCUUAUGGUUUUAGAUACAGAAGACCAAAAUGAUUCUCUUCCUGAUGAUGUUCCCUUGGGAUCAGAAGAAAAUAUUUAUAUUCAGAAGAGCAAGACUGUAGAUACCUCAAGGACAGGUGAUGAAUCUGAUGCUCGGGGAAGAUGCUUCAAUAUCAUGUUGAUGGAUAUUGCUGAUGGACCUAAAAAGGCGUAUCUUACAAAGAUAGUUGAAGAUCUUGGUGGAACUCUUACUGCUGAUGGAAGCUUAUGCACACAUGUCCUUGCAGGAAGAGUCAGAAGAACUUUGAAUUUUUGCACCGCUUUAUGUUCAGGGGCUUGGGUACUCACUCCACAUUGGCUAAAAGAAUGUUUGAGGAAAGGAAGAUUUAUUGAUGAGCUUCCUUUCCUUCUAAAAGAUGACGACUAUCUAACAAAGUUCAGGGUUGAUUUAAAAGAUGCUGUUCAUAGAGCCAAAAGAAAUCCUCGAGCUUUGCUUAAAGGAUAUAAUAUCUGUCUUGCUCCACUUAUUCAGCCCCAUAUCGAGAUGCUAUCAACCAUCAUAAGAUCUGCUGGCGGUGAUGUGAAUGUUGGUUUUGGGAAAAUCGGUGAAAAAUCGAGAACGAUAUUUAUAGCAUGUGAAGAAGACAUGGAUGAAGCAUUGCUUGCUGUGAAGAGUGGGAUCCGAACUUUCAGUAGCGAAUGGUUUAUGAACUGUAUUAUGAAACAAGAACUUGAUCUUGAUGCUCCUCAGUUUGCGGAAUCUCUUUGAAUUACUGGGUUCUCCCCUCUUUACUGUUUCGGAAGUGUUUGUAGUGCUUACUGCUCAGUGUGUAGAUGUAAAUGUAAUCCAUAAUCCAUAGCAUUUUGAGGAGUUUUUGUAAGCUAAUAUACUGGACUGGAGCCUGUAUAUUUUGCCGACAUUGCUGGAGUAUUGAAUUGGAUACUUAGAUUAGGAAUCACCAUGAGUUUUGCGCUUCAUCAUGAUGGUCUAUGUUAACCUAAUGUGGUCUUAACUUUUAUUUAAAUUUGUAAUUCAACUAAUAAAUAAAAGACUUCUUUUAACUAAC